GCGGGUGAAAGGUGACGCAAGCGUCUAGCGUAAUGAACUUGUCCAAAGCAACCGCAUAUUUUACGGUGAAAUGUCUGAAUCCUUAAUCUAUUUGCAAUAAAAUAGAAGUAAAAAGUAGCAGUUGUAAGAUAAUGAAAGGUGCGAUUGUAGAGACGAGUUAAACGGCAAUAGUAUUAACAUUUUAUUUUAUAGUGAAGUGGUGAAUUGCACGAUACACAAGUAAUUUUUUACCGUUGAUAAGCAAAAAAUGGCAGCCUUACCACGCAGAAUUAUCAAAGAAACGCAAAGAUUAAUGCAAGAACCCGUGCCGGGUAUUAGUGCGGUCCCCGACGACAGCAACGCUCGAUAUUUCCACGUAAUUGUUACCGGGCCGGAGGAUUCGCCCUUCGAAGGCGGCCUGUUUAAGUUGGAACUGUUUUUGCCGGAAGAUUACCCCAUGUCUGCGCCCAAAGUAAGAUUUAUCACGAAAAUUUACCAUCCCAACAUAGACAGACUAGGAAGAAUUUGCCUGGACAUACUAAAGGACAAGUGGAGUCCUGCUUUACAAAUUCGUACAGUUCUUUUAUCAAUUCAAGCCCUGCUUAGUGCUCCAAACCCAGACGACCCCUUAGCAAAUGAUGUUGCCGAACUAUGGAAAGUAAACGAAUCAGAAGCCAUUCGAAAUGCUAAAGAGUGGACCCGUCGAUAUGCUAUGGACAAUUAAAUUUUUACCAUUCGAAGAGCAAAGUGCAUAACAAAGAUAUUUUACUACUAGAUAGUUUUUUAUAUUUUAUUUAUCAAGCAUAACAGGCAAAAUCUCUUUGUUAUUUACUCUAGGUGUAUAAAUUUUCUGCUUUCUGUGAAAUGUUGACAUUUUACAAAGAAAUCUUUAGGUUAUAAACAUAUUUUUAAAUUGUAAACAAAUCCGUUGAUAUUUAUGAAACAUUGUAUAAUACCUUCAUUUAUUUUUGCUACUUGUGUUUCAUUUAAACAAGUAUGAGAAUUUCUGGAAACAUUAAAAGAUCAAGGACAUAUACUACAUGUUUAAGAUGUUUAUUUAGUUCAAAUUGCUAUCCUCUUAGAUAUUUCACGUAAACAACUUGAUAAAAUUAUUAUUUUUAUAAUUUGUGACUAAGGGUAUUUGAAGUAAUUAUAUAAUUUUAAUAAAUCGUGAUUUUUCCCAGGUUUCUUAUUCUCAACCUUGCUUUUGGAUUCAAUGUCAAGUAUGACUUUUCAAUUAUUAUAUACCACCCUUAUUUUAGCUUAUCCUGCAUACUGUACCUACAUAUAACAAAUCUUGGCAGAAUAUUAAUUAUUUUUGUGCUUAGAUAUAAUAAUAAAAGGUGCAAAUUAAGUAUAUAGUUGAUGUAAAUAUUGGCUUUUUUACAAAUUCUUUAUACCAAGACUGUAAAUGCUAUUUAUUUGAAAAACAAACCAAAAACAUACAUCAAUUUUUAUAUCAAUAAAGUUUUGUUCAUUUAGAAGGUUUAUCAAAGUAAUGUAUGCCGAAAUUUGUAACAAGUAUUAUAUUGUUAAUUUUUAUCAACAUUGUUUUUUAUCUUUUCUUUGAAUAAACCUUUUUAUUUAUUUUCCUUUAUCCAUUACAGAAUAUCUGAUAUAUCUGAAAAACUAAUAAAAU